ACAUUUCCGACUUGACUACAAAAUGCCUAAGGAUUUAGUAGAGGAAACUGAAGUGAACAAUACUUUUCUUUGUGUGAAUUUUGAGCUGACAGGCCCUGACAAGAUUGUAGGGGCCUGAUUUGUUAAUACGGACACGAGGUGUAUACAGUUGACUGAGUUUAUUGAUAACGACCAUUUCUCCAACCUAGAAAGUUUGAUCAUCCAGAUGAACAAUUCGUCAAGAAGAGACUGUAGAUUUGAGAUCUUGGUCAAUAUGCCAAAUGAUAAGGUCUUCAAGCAGAGAAUUGAAGAUAUUAUACAACUGUGAGAAGUCCAUUUUGUAGUAGGCAACAGGAAGGAUUUCAAUGAAGCAGAGCUGGAGCAAAUGCUUGAAACCUUAGCGAAGGAUAAAGGAUCUUUGUUGUUUAUAGAGGAAAGUAGUCUCAAGUGAGCCCUUCCAGCGUGAAAAGCAGCAAUAGAGUUUUGUAAUCUACUUAGUGCCAGAUCCAAUCACCAACAGUUUGAUAUAAUGAAAUACACCCUUGAGAAUUAUCUCAGGCUGGAUAUAGCUGCGAUGAAGGCACUGAAUCUUUUUCCAAUGGAUGGAGCUGAGAUCAAAGGAAAUAUUGAUAGGAGGAAUGAUUCAUUGUCAAUCUUUAACCUCCUAAAUAAAACGAAAACGUCAAUUGGUCAAAGGCUCUUGAAAAAGUGGCUUAAACAGCCUAUACGUGACAUUGAAGAGAUUAACAGAAGAUUAGAUAUUGUUGAGUUCUUUGUUGACAAUGACUCUCAUAGAACAGCUAUUCAGACUGAAAAUUUUCAUAACUUUCCAGACAUAGAUAAACUAUUUGCAAAGUUUUAUAAAGUGAAAAACAAUAAGCGAAACAAUGCUUCACUAGCCGAUUGUGUGAAAUGUUACAACUUGAUUCUCUCCUUGGAACAACUCCUUGAGUUUCUGACUGGCCUUGAGGUUGAAGAGUCAAAUGAGAUCUCUAAGUGUUAUAUUUCUCCACUUCAAACUUCUCUGAAGGAGUUCGAAAAACUAAAAGAGAUGAUAGAAGAAAGUGUAGACAUCUCUCAAAUGAAACAGGGCGAGUAUAUCAUAAAUCCUGAGUUCUCAGAAGAACUCAAGAACCUUAAUGAGCUGAUAAAUGAUACAUACCAGAAAAUCGAAAAUCUUAGAGCAAAAAUUCAGGAAGAACUUACUCUUAGGAGGAUCAGCAUCCAAGAGAACACUGUACAUGGAUUUUUAUUUGAAGUUGAUAAGAGAGAAGGAGAUAAUGCACUCAGAAAAACGAAUCUGACACAUAAUAUCGUCAGCACGAAAAACAAAAUUAUGACUUUUACCUGUCCAGAAUUGAAGAUCCUAGUCAAUGAGUUCAAUGAACUGCAGUCACAAUACAAAAUGCAGCAGGAUGUCCUGGUCGAUAGAGUUCUGAGCAUUGUCUCAACAUAUUAUCCAGUUCUAGAGAAAGUGGCAAAUAUAGUAGCUGAGCUUGAUGUUCUGGUCAGUUUUGCAACUGCCAGUACUAAUACAUCAAAUGCUUAUGUCAGGCCAAUUAUCGGCGAAGAAGAAGGAGAAUUUAUACUGGAAGAUUCAAGACAUCCAUUAAUUGAAGCAAUGAAUUCUAGCACAUGUAUUAGCAAUGACUGAAAAAUGAAGAAAAAUGAAUCUCAUAUGUUGAUCAUUACAGGUCCAAAUAUGGGAGGAAAAAGUACAUAUAUUAGACAGGUUGCCAUCAACGCAUUAUUAGCUCAUGUUGGAUGCUUUAUUCCAUGAUCAAAAGCAGUCAUCCCCAAACUUGAUUCAAUAAUCGCAAGAGUUGGAGCAGCAGAUCAUCAGAUGAAAGGAAUAUCGACCUUUAUGGCUGAGAUGUUAGAGGCAUCUUGUAUGCUAAAAACAGCUACUAAGAACUCACUCAUUAUAAUGGAUGAGCUCGGUAGAGGUACUUCCACAGAUGAAGGAUUCGGGCUAGCCUGGGCUAUUGCAGAAUACCUGGCAAACACAAUCAAAUGUUACACCCUUUUCGCAACUCAUUUUCACGAAAUGACUAAAAUGGAAAAAGAAGUACCAUCAGUUAAAAAUCUGUAUGUAAGCGCAUUAGCAGAAGGUGACAAACUCACUAUGCUCUACCAAAUCAAAGAAGGAGUAAUCGACAGAUCGUAUGGUAUCCAUGUUGCUGAAAUGUUAAAAUUUGAUCCUCAGAUCCUAAAUGAAGCGAAAGCUAUUGCAAACAUGCUUGAAACCUUUGAUAACGAAGAUAUAGAAAAGCAGACUGAAGACACCGAGAUGGAAAAAGUGUAA